GCUGCGCACCUGCUGCGGCACCGGGGCUGCAGGGAGGAGCUCCGCACGCACCGGCUGCACCAGGACGGCUCGCAAACACAACUGCCAGGCUUUGUGUCUGCUCUGUGGAUUAGAACCUCUGCUCCAAAGAAGCCCAUCCUUGACAGGGAGAAAGGAAGCAAAAACUGUUUGUUAUUCUUAAUUUUUAUCUCCAGUUAUGUCAAACUCCCUCCUAAUCCAGAAGGAUUUGUUUAGUACCCAUUUUUCAGUCACCAAAAUUUUUGUCUCUGUCACUUCUGUGGUUGUUUCCAGGUUGAGCACAGCAGGGUCUGGCUCCUGUGCUUGCCUGUGCUUGCCAUUGCACCCAGGGAGUUCUCAAGCAGGCAAUGAUAAACUCCUGGGAAAUUUCAUGUAGCCAAGUCCAUAAGUAGAUCUGAGGAUCUUGCAUUUGCUACUAUAGUCUAAAAAAACCAGCUUCCAUAUAAUUUGGGGUUUUUUUGGGGAUGGGUUUUCUGUGUUCUUCCUUCUGAGAGUCUUCAUCAGCAUCUUCCUGAGCUGUAAACUCUGGAAUUUAAUCUGCUUAACCAUACUUCAGAUUCAAACCAGUGGAACUUGCAGUAUUAAAGAGGACAGAAAAUGGUCCCCAGCAGCUCCCUCUGCUCUGCUGGGCUCUGUGCAUAGGCUCUGCCAUUCUUGCAGCCUGCAGAUCACAUCUGCCUAAUGAUUUCCCCAGCAACUUGGGCACCCAAGGCAGGAAUACGAGCUGCCAGGGCAGGCUCUGUGCUGUGAGGACAGCUCUGCUGCUCUGUGCUCUGCGAGCUGACAGCCAGGACACAGACACCUGCUCCACUGCUGUGCCUGCUGUGUGCCUUUUCCUAUUUGCUGCAGCAAGAAAAGCCUGUUCUUCUAACCCAGCCUCCUUUGAAGAGGUAACUCAGGAAGCUCCAUGGCCUCUCAAGAAUCUCAGGGACAAACCAACCCAAUCUUUAAGGAUUACCUCCCUGGUUCUUCUGAUGUUCCUCAACUUGUUGAACCAACAAGUCUCUGGAAGCAAACAUCACGUACUCAUAAUUUGCCACCUGGUCUGGAGUACCUGAACCAGCUGGACCAGAUAAUUAUUCAUCAGCAAGUGGAGCUUCUGGAAGCCAUACUUGGCACGGAGACCUCCAGCAAAUACGAGAUAAAAAACCACUUGGGGCAGAGGGUGUACUUUGCAGUGGAGGAGAACGGCUGCUUUGACCGCCGGCUGUGCGCGCCCGUCCGGGCGUUCACCAUGCGCAUCGCAGACAAUGCGGGCCACGAGGUGAUCCGGGUCAUCCGGCCCUUGAGGUGCAGCAGCUGCUGCUGCCCCUGCUUCCUGCAGCAGUUAGAAGUUCAGUCCCCACCAGGUACAGUAGCUGGGUAUGUUGUACAGAACUGGGACCCUUUUCUGCCAAAGUUUACUAUACAGAACCAAAGUAAAGAAGAUGUGCUAAAAAUAAUUGGCCCAUGUGCAACCUGUGGCUGUUUUGAAGAUGUUGACUUUGAGGUAAAAGCUCUCAACGAGAUGACAACGAUCGGCAAAAUUUCCAAGUACUGGUCUGGAUUUGUCAACAACGUCUUUACCAACACCGCCAACUUUGGGAUCCAGGUCCCUGUAGAUCUUGACGUGAGGAUCAAGGCAGUGAUGAUUGGUGCUUGUUUCCUCAUUGACUUAAUGUUCUUUGAAAAUUCCUUGGAUGGAUUAUAGCAAGAUGACAGAAACAAUGAAAUAUGCAGAAUGUGUUUCAAAAUCGCUUGAGCUUUGGACAUGAUUUUGAACUGCAAAAAUCCUUGUUCCUUAUAGGAAAAGACGGGGAGCUAAUGAUGAUGUUUAUUAAAAUAUGUCUCGUGUAAAUAAUAAUUUCCCACUUACAUCUUAUAAGUGCUGUAGCUAAACACAUACUUUUCACACAGAGCACUGUUGCUUUGGAACAGUGCUAUUCUCUUCUUUCUCUUUUGAUGUUCCUGCAUGGGAAAUCAUGAAAGAUUAGAUGAAGGCUUGCAGCAUCACUGAUGAAAGUCUAUGUUUAGAGAAGCCUUUGAUGUUUUGCAAGUGCUGUACCAGUUACUAACCACAUGAGGGUGUGUUCUGGGGGUUUUGCUUUUUUGUAAUUUUAGAAGUAAUCUUCUGAUUGCUAUUUAAUUAAUAGCAACAAACUGAUUUGAAAGUAACAAAUAUAAAGACAUACCCAAUGGGAAGUUCAAGAUGUUAUCUGUUUCAGUGAGUUGAAAGAAAGGAAGUUAUAUUUGCUAGUACAUUAAUUUUGUGACAAAGAUUGUUUUAAUAAGUGGCAGCCAGAAAUUAGGCUUCCAGCCCUAGACUUGGGAAUGUAAGGUCUGUUCUGAAAAUCUGGUCUGCCACUAUUUCCACUGAAGGCAGGCCAUAGAUAAAGUUUGAGUGAUGGUCCUCUGUGUGCUAGAGGUUCACCAAUCACUUCCCUUUGCACUAGCCAGUGUUGAGGAUCCUCACUGCCAUCUACUCAAGGCUUUCCUUAAAAGGUUUGUUCCCCUUUGUAAUAUCUGGUGGCUGAUAUUUUUUCAUUCAGACUUGCCUGAGGCCAUCCUAGAACCGAAUUACUCUUUUCCUUUGGCAAGCUCAAGUGUUUUCUAUGAUGACUGUGCAGAGGGAGCUUUUUGCAGUUCAGCAGUUUUCAGUAGCUGUUCCUUCCUGCAGCCACACCUCAUCGUGCUGUUCCCAAACAUUUCCACCAACAGGCUUUUAUUUCCACCAACAGGCUUUUGCCCAUGCAAACUUCCUUUGUAGGAAUGGUAUAUAUGCCAGUCAUAAACAGAUAUCUUUGCUGUUGUUGCAAAAUAUUUGCUGUAUGAGCUUGCUUACGCCUCUCAAAAACUCCCUUCAAGAAGCAAACCAGUACCAUAAAAUAUUGGUGGCAAACCCAAUUGCUCUCAUAGUCGCCAGUCAAGUUUCUAAGGGGAACAUUUUGCAAAUCAUUAGAAAUGCUGGAUUUUUUUCCUUUUUUAGUGUCAACCAGUAAUUCAAUUCUUGCAAACAAACCAACACAUCAACGGAAAGAGAGGAGAUAAUGAAUAAUUCAUAAAAAUGAAAAAGAGCUAAAUUUAUCAGGUGAUUAAUGCUCAACAAAUAUUUAGACUAAUUUUAAAUUAAUGUUCAUGGAUAUGAAUUCAAACACAGUGAAGUCAGGAAGUUGCAACUAACGAUCCCAUAGUGAAAUUAACUGAGGAAUGCUUAUAGAUUUAAACAGUAUGUUUUAGAUGAUAUACCACACUUAGGUAUUUAUACAGAUUUACAUAUGUCUUGAAAAUAAUUGUGGUUAACAAGCUCUGACAAUCAUCAUUAUCUGUUAACCAUUUCACUCCUGGCUGUGGCUGUGACUCGUAGCAGUGCAUCAGCUGCAGGAGUUGGGAGCACUGCUGCUACCUUUCCCAGGAGGAAAAGCCCUGUGAGCUUCGUGGGCAGGAAGCUCCCUCGUGUGGAAAUCCCGGAAUUUGCAGAGGAAUACAGGAUGCUUUUCUUGCUAAUCUCACACUGGUGUCGUUCUGUUAAAUGCAACUCCUGCACGUCUGACUGUAUACUAAGAAAAAGAACCACAUUUUAUUUUUUUUUUUAAAUCCCUUUGCCAUCUAAGACAGAAGUCACUGCUGUUGUAGCCCAGAAUCUUGGCUCUCGUGCAGUUACUGAGCUCUGUGUGUCUGAACACUUGACUGUAUUCAGUGCCUUAAGAUCAGCAGGAUCCCCACCUAUCUCCCACUUUUCCCCUGCAAUUCCCAGUUUUCUUGUGGCCCUUAACAAGCCAAAGACAUCUCUAAGCAAAUAUGUCUAACCUCAUUGAAGUCAACACAAAAUAAGGUUUUAUUUACCUGCAGGGCUGAAUUUGGCUGUGAAUGUCCAUGUGUAUAUCUUCUAGGAAGCAAUAUAUGCAUAUAUUUUUUUUAAUUAAUUGCAACGAGAUGAUAGCACUGGAUUUCUCCCACUUAGUGACUUUGUUGCUGUUUUUUGUGUUAAUACAAGGGUUUUUUGCUGUUAUAUAUGUAUGAGUAUGUUUGAAUACCUCUGUUUACACUCGGAGGCAGCUUCUGGGACAUACGAGAACAGACUCAUCCCCUGGAUAAAACAAGCAGUGGGGCUGGGAUAGCUCUUGCUGUUUAGAGCUCCCUCAGCAGCCUGUUUAACCUCUGUGCCACCCUUCAGCUUCCUGGUAGAACUUCAGUGCCAAUGCCAGUGCUUUUCCAGCUGGGAGAUGUUCAUCUAAAGCACAGCUGCCACACAAGGGCAGGUAUCCAUCCUCAGCAGAGUUUAUGGAUUCUGCAUGAUAUUGCUAAAGAAGAGCUAAUAUGUUCUAAGAUCUUAAUAACUUGCAUCUCUAACGAAUAACUCUUAUUAAUAGCAAUGUGUUUCAUGUGUUACCCCAUGGGCUAGGAGUGACUCCCAAAGGAGAAUUCAGAAUCUCCCAAAGGGUUGCAAGCUUUUUCUAAAGCAAAUUCAUGUCCUGGAUAUUAUCUAGAAGAAAAUGUGAUUGCUCUAAAGAAACAGAAAUCUUACUUAAUCUGGCCAAGCAAAUAUUUUUGAUCAGUAGCCAAACUGUAAAUUUGUGUAGUUCACACUCCUUGUGUUCAGCAGAUGGCAGCAACAGCUCAUUAUGACAGUAUUCAGCUUUCCACAUAUCAGAAGCUGUACCCAGGAUGCUAAUUGAAGUUCAGCAUACCUUUAACCUCUAAUUAAAUUCUACUCUUAACAGAAGGAUUUUAUUUUCUCUGUCUGAUAUUAAACCUUUGCCACACAA